UCUUAAAAAUAAUUUUUCGUUUUUAAGCCUAGUACUUACAUCAACCGCGAGCUUAUAGUAGGAGUGAGCGAGAGGCAAAUACGCGACUAACGCUUUUCUUCGGGUCUGUUUUUCAGCGCAGUACUCAGAUGAGCUCAGGAAAUUACAGAAAAAAUACAAGAUUAAGCAAGUGAAUUUCGAUAAGAAAAUUAAGCUUUGGCGGUGGUCGUGCAAAAGCGGUGUGGACCUUAAAAAUUAAAAAUGGAAGGAAAAUUCCAAAAACGCCCAGGAGGUCAUUGUAGAUGAAAAAGGAUCCCUAAUCCAAACUGUUUCCCAUUACUGUGGGACUCCAUCGACAGGGAGCAAUACCAGAACAUGGCAAUACCGCAGAAUAUUUUUAUCCCACUGGAAAGGAACACGCCGAGUGCGACUUCGCUCCCUACAUCGACAUCCUGCCGGGCGUGUCCUUGCAAGAAAAAGCUCUCCAUUGGGGAACUACUGGACCCCACUUCCACCAGCUACUUGGCAGCUAACGCAGUGAUGGAGGACGCGCUGGCUUCGAAAGGGAGGUGGAAAAACCAACCCCGAUCUCAAUCAAGCUCCCACUUCCUCAAGGUCCAAUAUCCCUAUUGGGAUUCGGAGACGGAAUUCAGAUGGCGCGGGAAAGAUGGGGAAGCAUCAGUGGGACAAAGAAGCUUUUAACUACUAAUUUACAUAAAUAAAACAUUCGGUGAACAUUCCA